AUGAUUUCCAUGGCGCCCUUCGCAUCUACAGCAGAUGUUUGUCUCAUCACUGCUUUCGGCCUUGUUGCAUGGUAUUUGAUCUCGGCUUCGGCCGCCUGGUUCAGAUUACGACAUGUGCCUGGGCCUCUUCUGGCCAAGUUUUCGUACCUAUGGUUGGGUCAAGUCGCACAAGGCGCAAAGCAGUAUUAUGUUCACCGCGACCUCUGCAGGAAAUACGGGCCGUUGGUCAGAGUGGGCCCAAAUGAGUUGACCACAGAUGAUCCGGAAGUCCUAAGAAGGAUCGCAGCCACCAGGAGCUCGUACGGGAAGGACUCAUGGUAUCAAGGGGCCAGAUUCAAUCCCUACCACGAGGCCAUGUUCUCCACCUUGGAUGUCCGAGCGCACGACGCGUUGAAGUCGAAGAUGGGCGGCGUCUAUGGAGGUAGUGAAGCGCCCCUCCUGGAAGCCGGUGUUGACAUGCAGGUACGGAGCUUGGUAGAGCUCAUCCAGAAGAACUAUAUUUCUGCCAGCGCUGGCGAUCGUAGCAAGCUCAUGGACUUUGCCCCGCUGACCUGCUAUUUCACUAUGGAUGUCAUCACCAAAGUAGCGUUCGGUCAAGAGUUCGGGUAUCUCAAAUCUAACGAAGAUCUUUACGACUUCCUUCGCGGCGUCCGAGAUAACUGGCCGAAGCUUGCCAUGUCCGUGGAUGUCCCCAGCAUCCGUAAUGUUUUGUUGUCGCCGUUGUUCUUGAAGUUCUUCGGCCCAAAGGUUUCAGACAAACAGGGCAUGGGGAAACUCAUGGGAGUUGCAAAAACCGUGGUAGAUACAAGAUUUGGGCCUGACAAAACUACACAUAAAGAUCUUCUUGGCUCUUGGAUCAGCAAAGGACUAGACCAAGACCGAUGCGAAACUGAAGGUCUCUUCAUGGUCAUUGCUGGAUCCGAUACCACAGCUUCUGCUAUACGCAUAACAAUGCUCUACCUAAUGACUUGUCCCAACGUUUACCAAAAGCUCAAGACAGAAAUCAACGCUGCCUGGGAUAGAGGUGGCAUAUCGAGCCCCAUUUCGUACGAGGAAGCGAAGAAGCUGCCAUAUCUACAGGCUGUAGUGUAUGAAGGCCUCCGAAUGCGCCCACCUGCACCUGGACUAUACCCAAAAACAGUGCCUCCCGAGGGCGACGUCAUCCACGGGAAAUUCAUCCCGGGCGGUACGGCUAUCGGAAUGAACACGGCUUCUCUGUUCUCAUCGAUCACACACUUCGGCAACGACGCAGACGUUUUCCGACCGGAACGGUUUACCGAGGCGACAGAGGCGCAAAGAACCGAGAUGGAGAGACUCGUCGAGCUUGGUUUCGGUUACGGCCGGUUCAUGUGCGCUGGGAAAGCAGUCGCUCUGAUGGAACUGUACAAGGUGUUCUUCGAGCUAUUACGUCUUUUCGACUUCCAAAUAGCCAAUCCCACUACACCAUGGGAAUCCCGGAGUUACAGCGUGUUUGUCGAAGAGAACAUGUGGGUCAAAGUAACCAAAUCCUCCAAAGUUUGA